GACCUCUAAUCACCUUGGUCGGCUGCUUUCUGUUUGACAGCCGCCUAGCUUUGGUAAACAAUGCAUGUUUAUAUAAGAAAUCCAUUCGUCUCCGGUGUCGGCUAAUCGUUCAGCGAGGCAAGAAAACUAUAAGAUUUUCACCGUUUAACAAUAAUGAAGGGAAAAAGUGGACUAGAAGCAAAAUAGUUGCGUGCAGAUUAAAACAUAAUUUACUGGUGGGCGUAAUCAUGCUGCUGGAUGAAAAUCAAGAACAACUAUACGCGGCUAUGUACAUGAAUCCGAAACCUCAGCGCAAGUGUUUUACUCGCAAGAAAAGACAGAUCAACAACGACCAACAGCUGCCGGUGCAUUUCAACGCAAACGGACCAACGCAAACUGAUGAAGCGAAACGGGAACGACGUUCCUGAUGAAAUGGCCACCACCGGAAACAUGGAAAAGGAGCUCAGUGCUGUGGACAGCAUUGAAGCUCUGCUAAUCAAACUUGCUACCGAAUUGCCUUCCCUGGUAGGAGAAAUAAAUUCAGCCGGAUCCGCUCUGAAGCAGACAAAUCUACGCAGCUUAAAUUCGCUGAGUACGGCAAUAUGUGACGUACCGGUUAAUAUUGCAGCUGAGCUUCAGCUAGCUGCAGAGGCUGCCGAAAGCAAACACUUUUUCACCUGCACUCAAAAACUCAAAAACACGUCACACCAGCUGCAAAUACUAAUGGAAGAAGCGAAACGAACCCGUCGGAAAAUCGAUUUCCUUGCUGCGCCUGCCGGUACAACGGCGCUGGAACACCACCAACCAUUACACCGGCAGUGUGCGUACCUGGAGCAAGCGGUUAGCUUACUGUACGCUUUAAACCUAGGACUACACGAAGUACAGCUGACUGCCAAUGCACUGUACGUUCAUGGACUUCAAGAUGCAGCGCAACCGGUUCUGGCAACGGACGAUUUAAAGGACGCCAUUGCACGUUUGGUAUCAAUCGUAUCAACGAAGCAUUUUAAGUCUACCUGCACCACGAUCGGAUCACCGUAAAGCGAACGUGAGAGUGUGAAAGAAAAUGUGACAAAUACGCAUACAACGAAGGUAACUCACUAGCAAUAAAUUGCGUAUGGACUAAGUUUUUAGAAGAUAAGUUUUUAAAUAGUUACCUUAUUAACACGAUGGGGAGAAAAAUUAUCUCUAUGCUAUUUGGAUUUGUAUAGCUUGGGUAUCUUCAGUGUUUCUUUCGUUAUACUGCUUUUUAGUGCGUCGGCCUUUACCCGGCAGGAUCGAGUCUGUGUCCCUUUUCUAACCUUCUCUUCUUCCUCUUCUUCCUUGGCCCUCGAAAGGUCUCGGCCUGUCAUUUCUGGCUCUCUGUGACGUGCUUAUACCUUCAAGCAAAGUAGUCAAGUCCUGCGUACGAGGCGCGUUCUGGAUGGGAUUUGAACCACCGUCCUACCUCAUGGAGACCGGCGUCGUUAUCGGUCACCACCACCACGGAAUCGGUCACCGGAAGCCAAGAAAGUAGUAAUAGGGCACCACCACCGGACCGGUCGAGAAGAUAGCGAUGCCAGUUAUUACAAGGCAAGACUGAAGUUCAAAGCUCAUCCGACUCGUUCUUCCGAAAUGAGGACAACACUAUCCAACUACGUGGUAGUAUACAGUCUAGUAAGCAAUUAGAUGGUCGGCAUGACCUUUAUCAGAUCGUUAUACUAAGACGAAAAGCCAGUAAUGGCAGGCCAAGUCCCCUCGAGGUUUUAGUGCCAAAGAAGAAGAAAAUGAUAGGACGGAAGCAGCGCCAGUCUUCACACGAGGCAAGAUGGUGUAUUAAAUCCCAUCCGCGCCGUCUCCCUGUACUCAAGACUCAUUACCCUUCUACGAGCCAAGGAAGCCAGAAAUUACUGGCUUAGAUCUCUCGAGACUGCCAAAAAAGAGGAGAAAAUUGUUACGGAAAAGUACUACAUCCUACAUGGGGCGGUCCGGUGUCCGAGGCGACAGGUCUUCACACUGCAGGACUGGGGUUCAAAUCCCAUCCAGAACGCCUCCCCGUACGCAGGGCUGGCUACUUUGCUACGAGCAAAAUCAAGUGACAAAAAGCCAGAAAUGGAUGGCAAGCCGAGACCUCUCGAGGUUGUAGUGCCAAGGAAGAAGGAGAAGACUACAUCCUACAGUACCAAUAAAAAACUUUACUAACUUUCUUAUGUACCUUAUUUUUAGUUUACUGAAGAUUACUCCUAAAACAGAAAAUUUCUUUAAAAUAUAUAACACACGCUACCAACACCUUUGUAAGAAGCCUACCGUAAUCUCGGGAGGGUACGAGUGGCUUCAUAGCUUAUUAGCUACAUAAUUUAAACCGUCAAAUUUGAAAAAAUGCUCCACUUACCUACAACAAAACACCAACCUCCUUUCCUUAAAGUAUCCUUUAAUUACUUUCAAACACCAACUCUAUCUCUCCCUUUCGCGUUAUCUCUGCGUUCAAUCUACACCCGUCCCUCUCUCGUUAUGUACACCUCUGUAUUCUGCGAAAAAGGACGAAAGCUUUACUCCGGUCCGCUCUCCAAACAUGGGAACUUGUAACACCUCCCACACACGGGCGCUUUUUAGAAUGAAAGCGAGUAAAGUCCUGCAGUUUACUCGCAAGAAGUCCUGUCCGCCUAAGCCUCAGAACCGAAUCGAAAGGAACACUUGAACCAACUCAAUUUGUUUUUCCUUUUACACGCUCGCUCUUCCAGAGAGAGAGAGAGAGAGAGUGCUGGUGGAUGAAAAUAGCUCUCACACAGAAAAAUUGGGGGAAAGCUUGGAAAUCGCUUUCAUCGUUGGCGCUUUCAGUUGACUUUCAUUCGUAGUUCACAGUGAACGUGUGUCUUAAUUCCUUAUCACACACACACACACACACACACGCACACAGAUAAAUUUAGCGAAGCGCUUUUUACCGGACGGGCUAGCGAGAAGUGGUCCCGUGGACCGCAAUCUGCAACAAGCACCGUACGAUACGUCCAUUCUUCAACUGUCCAGCCUAGUGCAGAAAGUUACGGGAAGGUCCCGCCAAACCAUCGUCACAGUUUCGGAAGAGGCGCAACACUCUCGUGUGCAGCGACGAGUGUCCUGUGCUGUAGCCCAAAUCACAUGAUCUGCUAGUUCGAAGUGCCGUGCAACAGUCGCGGAGAAACGGACUUGUAAGUGGUGGGAACCAGCACGUCAUGCACGAAUCGCUCGCACAUACCUAGCCCGUUCGUGAAACCCCAUAUCACCACAUCUCCACCACGAAGACCGGCAGUCAUCUUGGGCGGCACACACACACACUCACACAGACACCCACACGCACAUCCGAGCAGGCGGGCAGGCAGGCAACACGCAACACCGAGUAGCGAACGGAACCCGGGUAGCCGGGUGAUUAGAGGCAGCGGAUCACAGCGGCAAGCGCUAAGGCAGUGUCCAUUCCGUACCGUCCCGGGUUCCGGUUGGCUUCGCUUCUUGGUGGUGUCGGGUGAUAGUGCGGGUGGCACGGUAGUAGUGCCCCGUCGGUGGUGUGGUGGUAAUGGCCAACACUGCACAUCUGUUCCGCAGGCAGAGUUCUCGGGAUUUGAUCCAGCAGGCGACUGUGCGGAGCUUAGAUGAGCUCGAGCUAAGAGAGCUUCGCAGUCGGUUGGUCAGGGCAGAGAAUGGAUCCCAGAAUGUGGUGUACGGUGCGACGAACCAGGCAUUCAUCAGCGAUGAUGAUCCACCGAUGGGCCGCAUACUGGACAUUGGACCGUCAGCGACUGGUCCACCCAGCAAGGACACACGCAAACUCACCGUGCAGGCAUCGAUCGUGUCCCAGCAGCAGGAGGCCGCCAUUGUUGAACGGCCGGAAGAUGAGCGGGAAAGCUGGGAUAGCAAGUGGACAUUCCUGCUCGCUACCAUUGGGUACGCCGUCGGUCUCGGAAACGUUUGGCGCUUUCCGUACCUGGCACAGAAAAAUGGUGGCGGUGCAUUCCUGGUCCCGUACUUCGUGAUGCUCCUGCUGCAAGGUUUGCCCAUCUUCUAUCUCGAGCUCGCCAUCGGACAGCGGCUACGCAAGGGUGCGAUUGGCGUGUGGCACGAGGUGUCGGCAUACCUCGGCGGUAUCGGCAUCUCGUCUGCAUUCGUCAGCUACAUUGUAGCGCUAUACUACAACACCAUCAUCGCUUGGUGUUUGAUCUAUCUGCUGCACAGCUUCGAAACACCGCUCCCGUGGGCCGAAUGUCCGAAGCGACUGUUUAAAAACUUUACGUACGAUAUCGAACCGGAGUGUGUGGUCUCUUCCCCGACCAAGUACUACUGGUACCGGGAAACGCUCCAGGUUUCGCCGAGCGUUAACGAACCGGUGGAGAUUAACUAUACGGUUGCGCUGGCACUCAUUACUGCCUGGUCGCUGGUGUAUCUGUGCAUGGUGCAGGGCAUUACCGAGUCGAGCAAGAUCGUGUACGUGACCGCCAUAUUCCCGUACGUCGUGCUGAUAAUAUUCUUCUUCCGUGGUAUCACGCUCAAGGGAGCUUCGGACGGUAUUGCGCAUCUGUUCACGCCCCGGUGGGAAUCGAUCCUGGAACCGGUCGUGUGGUUGGAGGCCGGCACACAGAUCUUCUUCUCGCUCGGACUUGCGUUCGGUGGUUUGAUCGCGUUCAGCUCGUACAAUCCGGCCAACAACAACUGCUACAGGGAUGCGCUGGUCGUGUCCGUCACCAACUGCUCUACGUCGAUGUUUGCCGGUGUGGUUGUAUUUUCCGUCAUCGGGUUCAAGGCGACAUCGAUCUAUGACAGUUGCGUCGAGGAACGGUCGGAGAUGAUGCGCCAGAACAAGUCACACGAUCUGCUGCCCGUGUGCGAUCUGCAGAAGGAGCUGGAAAAUAGUGCUUCCGGUACCGGUUUGGCGUUUAUCAUCUUCACCGAGGCGAUCAAUCAGUUUCCAGCGGCACAGCUGUGGGCCGUAUUGUUCUUCCUGAUGCUCUUUACGCUCGGUAUUGAUUCACAGUUCGGUACACUGGAAGGUGUCAGCACCUCACUGAUGGACAUGAAACUGUUCCCGAACGUCCCGAAGGAGAUGAUCACUGGGGGACUCUGCAUGUCGUGCUGUGUGCUAUCCAUGUGCUUCGCCAACGGUGCCGGGAGCUACAUCUUUCAGCUGAUGGAUAGUUUCGCCGGCAGCUACACGUUACUCAUCAUUGCGUUUUUCGAAUGCAUUGGCGUCAGCUAUAUAUACGGACUUAAGCGGUUCGCCGAUGAUAUUGAGCUGAUGACGGGUGCACGACCCAACCUUUACUGGAUGCUGUGCUGGAAGUACAUAUCGCCGAUCGCAAUGAUAACCAUUCUUGUCGCCUCGUUUCUGGAGCUUGCCUCCGAGGGUAGUAGCUACCCGGGAUGGAAUGCACUCACCGGCAAUACCGAUCGUCUCGAGUGGCCCCAUUGGUGUAUUGUCGUAGCGAUUCUGCUGAUACUUGUGUCCAUUCUGUGGAUUCCUGGCGUUGCCAUCCUACGGCUGUGUGGCAUCAAUGUGAUCGAGGACAGUGAGCCCGCCUGGUUCCCGUCGGCCGAGCUGCGCGAUGUGCACGGUAUUGUGCCACACGAACCCACCGACAUUGAGAUAUCGCUAUUCUGUAUACGUGCCGACGGUUCGGAAGGACUCUGCUGUCCGACGUACGGGCCCCGCGAACAACCACUAGACGAGGAGGAGUAAACGACUUCUCGACACAUGUUUCGGUUGUGAAAGUCUGCUAAGGUUCAUGUAAAAAACGGAACAAAGCAAGCGCUCCCAGUUACUACCGGACAGGCGCAGACAGACGUUACUUGAUCAGUGUGCUAGUGAAACGUUCCACUUGCUGUCCAUUGUUAUGUUGACAGUAGAAGAACGUAUCAUCCACCCAAAAAAGACAUAACCACAUCCACGUCCACAGAAGCGAAAAAACAACCCAAACCCAAAUUAUACACCUAACUUUAGUACACAGCUAUCCCAUAGCUUUAAUGGUUCGAUAGUUGUAACAAGAGAAGAAAAACACAACCAUCCUAUGCUAUGUUAAGUAUAAAUGUUCGAAUUUAGUGUUUAAACGUCAAAAAAAAAAGGUAAAACAAGCAGACACACAGACGGGAAGGAAAAAAAAGAAGAAGAAUAAAACACAAUCAAAAUGGCCAGAACAAUGCAAAAACGCUUCACCCGGAGCGGAGUUGGGUGAUGGCGUAAAUGACAAGACUUGAAAAUUAUACAGAAAAAAGCACACACACACACACACACACACACAGGAGAACAAACAAAAACUUGUAUCAUCAAUUAAACACUGUUAGUCCACCUUGUUGUUGUCGCUGACCUACCGACUUUAGCAUAUCAAUGUGUUCCCAAUCGAAUGGUUAUUUAUUGUUGGGAUGUUCUUACCAAAGCAAAACAAAGAAAAACGGAUAAAAGCCGACGUGUUCCGUGCACCAUCCGUCAAAUGUCCAACUGGAUGAGGAUACGGAAGAUACCAGUAGCUCACUAACGAGUUUUAGCAACAACAACAAACAAAUUGCUGACAAUAACCUGUUGCCUGGAUUAUUACUACUACAACAACUACUACUGGCGCUGAAGCUGUCAGAUGUGUACAAUGUCCCGAAAAGGGUGUUCACCAUCAACCGAAGGGAUAUGUGGUGUGUGGACACUCUCCAUAUACACGGCUCGUUACGUAGAUACGACAAUAACAUGCAACCAUGACUAAUAAACAUAUACAUGCAUCUCUAUGUAGAGUGGCGUACGUGGUAUAGAAUACACACAAACAGUUCUAGUCGAAGAGUCUUGAUUGUUGAAUGCAGUAUACAUAUUAUAUAUAUACCACAGACACACGCACUAUCGCAAAUACACACACACUCGUAGCCACGGUAUGUCUGUACAUAAUAUUAAUUUAUAAUAAAGGACGACGUUGUAGAGUGGGUCUAAGGUGUUGUCAAGCAUGAUCAACCUUGAUCGUAUAAUCAAA